GAAAUCAUGCGCUCUACAGCGCGACGCGUUGCGCAGGGCACGGUGCUCGGACAGGCACUGCACUCCGCGACUCCUCGAACGACAACAUAUGCCGUUCUCCGGCCUUCGAUAGUGUCGCGAUGCAAUGCAGCGUCCUCGCCGUCUCUUUCUGCUGCCGCCAUCGCCACCGCACGGCGCCGCUACACCAUCGCCACCCGACCACUGCGACAGUCGUGGAACAGUAACCGAGUGCGGCCGUGGAUGUGUGGCAAGAAAGAGUGCCGCACAGUGAACAAAGCCGUCGCGAUGCAGUGUGAGGCGUGUGGGACGGCGCAGCCGGUGCGGCAACGCUGGAAGUGCGUUGACUGCGGCACGGCCAACUUCGCUGGGGUAAAGCAGUGCAAGCAGUGCAAGGCUCCGUCCGAGCGGAGCAAGGCGUUUUGGAUGUGCGCCGAUUGCGGCGAGAACAACCGCAUUGACGAGCUAGAGGACAACAGCAUUUGCGGGUUUUGUGGCUACGACAUGGCCCCACGCACGGCGGCCCAAGAGGAAGCGUUGCGCCGCACCCACGAAGCAGCCGCCGCGCUGCGGCAGCAACAGGAGAACUACGACUCUGUCACGUACAAAGACGCCGACGACCAGUUUGCCGACCCACUUGAAGGGGCGCAGAACCUCGAUCCGUCAUUGCGCGCGCCGCAACCGUCCUUCGUUACGGUGAACAGCGGCUUCGCUAGUCAAGGUCUGGGCAGCGACGGCGACAGUGGCUUUGCCAACGGUAGCGACAGCGGCGGAGGUAGCGGCUUCGGUAGGCAGCGUUUAAAGAUCCCAAAGGUGGGGCCCUACACCCUGGCUGAUCAGAAUACCGCCACCCGGCACUCCUCUAUUCAUCGCCGGAGCAGACGUAGCUCAGCCGCGAAGGCAGUGUUCGACGCGUCACACGAUCCGGUCGGUCCGCCAGGUUUUGAUUGGAUGUGCAGAGCCGCCAGCUGCGGACACAUCAAUCCGGGUGAUGAAGAAAACUGCCUGCAGUGCGGGUUGCACGUUAAACCGAAUGAGUGGGAGUGCCUCCUGUGCGGUGCCAUGAACCACCUCAGUCGCUCGCGCUGCUUCCACUGUCACACGACGAUCCCGGUGUGCUGGACGUGCACGGGCUGCAAUACGGCAACGAGCAUCUACGAUAAGGUCUGCCGCAGCUGCGGGCUGGAGCGUCCACUGACGGAGCCGAAGCAUCUGCGGGAGAUUGAUGCCGACGACGACUACCGGAGAGCCGGCGUCACGGCACAGAAGGAUGGGCGGCGUGGUGAGUGGUACUGUCCGGGCUGUCACCAACUCAACUUUUCUCGACGCUCCGAGUGUUUUCAGUGCGGCACGGCGCGACCUGCGGCAGGCACCACCGCCGGGGAGGAAGAUCCUUUUGCGAUGACGGGCUGGGGUGCUGGUGCCACCGCCCUGGACCAAUCUGCCGCGCCGAGGGCGCCGCUGCACAACAACUGGAUCUGCACGCACUGCCAGGCAAGCAACUUCCGUACGCGGCACGACUGCUGGAAGUGUGGCCGUGCGUCGCAGAACCAAAAUGAGUGGUCGAAUGAGACGAUCGCGCCGCAGUUCGAGCACGAGGGCUUCCAAACCGGCGCAGAUGACAAACCCGCGGAGGGGCAGAUGAACGAGCAGUGGAAGGUGGACAAGGACAAGUGGACUUGUGCGAAGUGCUACGCGCAAAACUUCAAGAACCGCCCGGAAUGCUAUCGAUGCGGCGCGAGCAAGACGACUGUGAUGGCACCACGCCGCACCAAGGCGCGCCGACCGGUGAAGCUGUAA